UGUGAACAGGGAUACAAGGAUGUGGCUAAAAUAAUAAACUGACCUCGAUAUUAAAUUGAGUUAAAGGCGAAGUGGAAUAAAUGUCAGUGAAUGUGUUUGUGGAUGACAACUGGGAUGUGCCAAAAAUUGUGACAGUUCGAGCAUCAGCAACUGGUAACGAAGCAUUUUAUCUGAGUUGAGAAGAGUCUCGUCGAGCAGGGCAGUUCUAAAGAAGAGCAAGUAAACACGGUGUAGUCAUGUCAUGGGAGAGCAUAUCUUCAAAGGAUCUUCUCAGAAAAUAUAGCAGCCGUAGCAUUUAGGUCGAUAUGUUAAAUUACCUAAACUACAGCUUGUGCAAGAACGGAAGACGCUUGACCAUCCCAAGCAACAUCGCUUCGCUCUAUGGGCUCUUGAAAAGUUCCAAAAAUAUCCGAAGUUUUCGAGAAAAAUUCUGUUCAGUGAUGAGCCGCAUUUCUGGCAUAAUGGAAAAAAUACGGCUUGGAGUGGUUUGUGGGCCGGAGAUAUAUUGGUUCAUAUUUUUUCAAAAAUGAUACUGGUGAGAACGUAACCGUCAAUGGCGACCGUUAUCACGCCAUGAUAACCGACCUGAAAUUGAAGCUCGUGAUUUCGACGACAUUUGGUUUCAACAAGACGGCGCCACUUCCCACACAUCGCAUCUAUCACUACAUCAAUUGAGAGAACACUUCUGUGAGCAGAUAAUUUCGUUUUGGGCCGGUCGAUUGGUGAAUAAGGAAAAUCAGCAUACCGCAUAGUCAUAAUUUAUCAGCAACACACUUGCUUGCAUCGCCGGAUGGUUCACGUUACUUAUUGGAAAAUUUCAAUGAUCUGAGUCAGUUAGAUGAAAGCUAUUCUCGGCUGGCUGGCUGUGGGUCCAGUCCCGAUGGCACAUCCCUUUGGGCGCGGCAUGGUAUAUCUGCCUCACAGAAUUCGCUUAUAAAUUGUUUUUUAGUUUGCCAACGUAGUUUAAAACAGUAUAUGGCACGACGAAAGAUUGAACGGGGCCUGCGCCUUUAUGAACAACAUAAUCAAAAUGCUGCUGUACGCAUUUGGCGAAGUGCUUUGAAAGCGACUGAUCGCCGCGAAGAUUGCUUUCAAUUACUUGGUUAUCUUUAUCAGGCGCAUAUGGAUUGGGGUAAAUAUCGUGAAGCGAUUGAAUUCGGACAUCGACAGUUAGGAAUAUCUGAAGAGUUGGAUUCCCCAACAAUGCGAGCGGAAACUUAUCUAAAUUUGGCGAGAGCUCAUGAGCGCCUUGGUGGUCUUGAACGUGCACUAAGUUAUGCUCGCCAUUCGUUGUAUAACGAAUGUGGGACCCAGUGUCGGACUGGAGGCCUUGUGCACUUGACAGUAGCACGCGUUUACUUGGAAAUGGGAGGAUUUUCGCGUGCACUUGAGGGCUUACAAGGAGCACAUAAGAUAGCCACUUCAAUAGGUGAUCCUUCUCUUGAGUUACAGGUAUAUGUGACGCUCUCUGAGCUGUUUGGUCGUCUGCAGGAUAAUGAUAAGAGUGCAACCUAUGCAUCGAAGGCCUAUGAUUUAUCGCGCUCAUUACAACUGGGAGAUCUUAACUCAUCACAUCAUCGAGCUGCUCUGUUGUGCAUGGCGGCUGCUCUACGCAAACAAGGCGAUCUGGGUGACGCACAUGAUUACUGCAUGGAAGCAACACGGCUUGCGUUGAUUUCAGGAGAUCAAGCAACAUAUACGCGUAGUUUACGAGUAAUGGGUGAUAUAUAUCGCAAAAAAGUGGACAUGGACCGCGCAUUUCGGCAAUACGAACAAGCUAUGGGUACCUCAGCUGCACUUGGCGAUCGCAUGGCACAAAUGGAAGCUAUGGAUGGGGCAGCGCGUUGUUUGGAAUCAUUAAGAGUACAGCAAAAAAUUUGUAAUUGCAGGCCACUUGAAUUUAAUACACGGUUGCUUGAGGUGGCAAGCUCCAUUGGUUCCAAGCUCUUGGUGCGUAGAAUACGCAGUCGUCUUGCUCUUAUCUAUCGUGCUUUAGGCGAUGAGGAGCAGUACAAUACACAUUUGCGUUUAGCGAGUCAAACUGGUGCAGCGCUUGGGCUGUUUUGCGGUGCAUGUGGUGACACUUUUGGCUUAGAGCCGGACUCAAUAGAGGCAUUACCAUGUGCUCAUAUCUUACAUGCACGUUGCGCUCAUGAUCUUUUGCGACGGAAAGAAAAAGGCACUUCCCGUGCUUGUCCAGCAUGUAAUAAGCUAUUGAGCUCCCGACUACAUCUUUGUGGUAGCGAAAGCAGUUGUGUUCCUCCCGGUGGUGGCAGUGUACCCGACUGUAAUACAGCUAAUACCUUAAAUAUUAAUGAUAAUGUUGGUGAAGGUUUACUGACAAUCGACACGAUUGAUAUUUUGCCACCACUUUGUACAGCAAACGGUAGAGUUGUAAGUAAUUCCCAUGAAAAGACUAUAAUCUGUAACGGAUUGAGCAGUGCUAUGCCAAAUGUUGACAGUACCGCAUUACUACUGACAACAAAUUCAUCACCAAAACCGUUAUACCGGAGUAAUUUAUCUUUGGCAUCGCUGAGUUUGCGUGCUUCUAGUUUAACUAUUGACAGUGCACGAAAUGCCACGUCGUCAGUUUAAAAAUGACUGCGAGUUUGUAAUGUACAAAAAUUAUAAGAAAUUAUAAAGUUGUAACAACCAUACACAUGCUCACAUACAUAUGUACAACAAAGCUACAUCGAGAUCUGUUGAAAAAAACACUCGAUGUAAUUUUAAAAAGGAUUCCAUUUCAAAGAGGCUGGAUCUUAGUUAAAAUGGAAAAAGUGAAUAUUUAAAACAAUGUACCUAUUAGUAAUCAUAGAAAAAAUGAAUGAUGAAACGAAGGAUUGAAGUGAAUUGGGAGAGAGUUGUAUUAUAUAUAUUAUAUAUAUGCCCAUUAUAAAGGAUUUAUUUUGUAUGCAAAUUACAAUUACUAGACUGAGAGAACUUUGUCUAUAAAUAUGCUUUGAUAUGCCGCCUUGGCAAACUGGCGAAUAAUUUCAUCACUCCAAAAAAAGUUCGAGGUUUUUGCUAAAACUGUGUGACAUAAGAAGAAUAGUAUGUAGAUAAAGAAGUAAAAUAAAAACAUGGAAAACGCUUGUUCGCUGGUA